AUGUGGUGCAGCGUACCGACAAUCCUCUUGGGAUUGCUGGCGGUUCGGGCAUGGAUCGACGGUGUCGAAGCUUUCUCUUGGGGAGGUGUCGAGAGAGCAGACGCCCCCAGGUCUGUGGAGGAGUAUCGGGUCAACCCAUCGGUUGUAAUUCACGGUGCAUCACGCUUGCCGAAUGUCUACGCCGUCGCCAUGCAGGAGCUCCAAGAACUCGAAUCAGAACCUCUCUGCCAUCGAAUCGCUGCCCGGCUCCUGGUCAACAAUUGCCAGCUACUGGAAGGCAAAGACGACGCCACCGUUCUGACCGACAGCGGCAGACAAGUCCGUGACUUUGUGGACUCCUAUGCCGCCAGUCUUGCUAUCUGUGAUCUGGAGAGGGGCAGUUUUGUCAUCCCGUCUGGAUGCGCACCGUUCAGGGAACGUUCUCUAGCUGAUCUGCCGACCUCGAAAGUUGCUCAGCUUCACGUCACACCUCGGCAGAUAGACUCGUGUCUCUCGGGAUUAGCCAAGUCCGGCUCUGCGUGGAAUACUUGGGUGAGCUACCGUCAUAAGGCUCUCAGAUUCUGCGAAGCUGCUCGCGCAGAUAAUGACAAAGCACAGAGCAUUCGUCUCUAUCAACGUCUCACUGAAGUCCUCUCCAAACUCUCUGAGGGAGUUGAAAAAGAGCUGGAAGCCCACCUACACGCAAUUAACUUGAGAGCAGCCGAGACUACAGAGCAGCUCCGCCAGAUGAAUCCAGACAUCGACCAGUUGCGAAACAGCUUACAAGAUCUUGACAGAUUUGUUUCUCAAGACGUGAUGCAGAUGGCACAGGCAUCAAAUUCUGCGAUGCGAGGCGGCCUCGAGGAUGCCAAGAACCUGCAGCAGCUGUUGACAGUGCUCUUCAAAACGGUCCUUAGCAGCAACGCCGAGGUUGCAGCAUCACAUGAGAUGGCACUGACAGACUUCAAAGAACGAACUGGCGAUGAGGUCGCGGUGGUCAUGGCUGCGCUCGCAACAGCUGUAGCAUCGUCUAAAUUCCUUCAUGACCAGUUGGGACUGGAAAAACUCCUAGACAUUACCGACGACAUUUCUUCGAAAUACGAAUCGCACUCUGAGAAGCUUUCACACGUGAACCAGGUUUCAGGAGACCUGCUGGGUACACUUGAAAAUAUGGCAGCGUCGACAUCAGAAGUUCGCGGUUCUUUCCAUCGACCAGGUUGGACAAGUUGGGUGCCAUAUGUGGCGUGCCCAGCCGCGUCUUUGCUCAUGGGAUCUUACGGUCUUCCACCAUCAGCCGUGAGAAACCUCGGGCUAAUUGCGCUCGGUAUGGAUAUGACACAUUACUUUGCAGGAAAAGGAUACUGA